AUGGUGGCGACGAUAAGCGAUGAAUUGCAGGGGCAAGUUCAAGCGCUCACUGAAGAUAAAAUUCGAUUAGCUCAUCGAGUACAAGAAUUCUCAGAAAAGGUUUCGCAUUUAUUUUUCAAUCAUAUUUUGAACGGGAAAGAUGCUGAAACACUUAAGUUGACACACGAAGAUGAACAAGUGGAUCAACUAAAAAUUGAUCGUGAUGUAUGGAAAUGCAAGUUUCUAGCACAAUCUAUCCGAACUGAUGAAUUAACAUAUCGAGCGGAGGUUUUGAUUGGAAUGCUUCGUGAAGCUCAACGCAUUGUUAGGAAUAUCAGGUGGGCUUAA